UGCAAAAGUGAGUUAAAGGAAAUGUACUUGUGGCUUACUUUAUUUCCCACGAAGGUUAAGUGAGCAUCGCAAUGAUAUCCAGUGUUUGACAAUUUAACAGCUCUCAAACCUCAGAUGUCAACAAACAAAUCAAGAACACAUAAAUGAUGAAAUUACCAAACCGCAGAUUUCGAGUGCUGUGUUGGAAAAUUUCCGAUCACAUUUCAGUUUCUCAGAAGAAUACUGAUAGAACUUAUUCAAUAGGCACAUAAGGGACCGGAAACAUAUAAAUGGGGACCGCCAGUGUGUUUGGCCUCGCAGUGUCCACCAGUUAUAUUUUUCUUACGUCGCUGAUAGCUUUCUGGAUCCGUAAAUUCAUUCACCGGAUUCUAAAUCGAGACACUCGGCUGAGAUCGGUGUUGCUAGAGUUUGUGGCGGCCGCUGAAUUAUGCGCUUCUUGCUUUGAGUUAGCAAUUGUUGCGGACAACUAUGGCAUCUUAGCGUACGCAGUCUACUUGUUCUCCUUGACGAUAUGGUGGGGCUAUUCCUGGGGAUCAGCCACAGCAUGCCCCUACACUCAUCUCGAAGACGUCAUCGAAGGGCGCACCGAUCUCCGGGUGGCCCUGCUCAUUUGCUGGGCUGAGAUUGGCGGCGGACUCGCCAUUUUCAGGUAUAUCAAUUACUUGUGGAGUUUGGAAAUUGCAUCAGUUCAUAAAGGAAGAGCUAACGCAGCUUGCACGGCAGAUUUACAGGUACAUAUGAUCCUAGGAGCCCUGGUUGAGGCUGGUGCAACUUGUUUAUGCAGGCUGUUUUCGAGAAUAUUGGGGGAUUUGGAACCGAAAUUUUCAAAUUAUAUUGAUGCCUUUUUCGGAACAUCGCUUGUUGUUGCAGCCUUCAAUUACUCCGGGGGAUACUUCAACCCAGUUUUAGCAACAGCGCUGAAAUACGGCUGCGAGGGAAAUACCACGAUUGAACAUUUUGUAGUCUACUGGAUUGGUGCUUGUCUCGGUUCGGUCGCAGCACUGACAUUUUAUAAUCGUUACGUUCGACCAUUCACUCAAAAAUCAAAAUUGCACUGAUACAAACUGUAGGACAAUGCGCGAUCAACUAUUGGCACAUGAAUUGCAUCAACAGUUAAAUUAAAAAUUCAUCUGAAAAAGCAGCAAUCUAAAUAAUAAGAGUGCGCAGUUUUUUCGCGUUAACGACCCCUCAACCGUCCAGAAUACAAAAGAAUAGCUUCAUUUCAAAAGAGUGAUUUUCCCAUUUUUCUCAUCGUUUUUUCUUAUUGUCUGGUUUUUUGUUUUUUUUCUUGGUUCCUUGGAAUGAUUUUUUAAAUAAAAAUGGCAGGUACUUACAGUAAUAAAGUCUAUAAAAGAUUUAUAGUUUUUUAGUCUCGAACGAUUGUGGGCACUUCUAGUGAAUACACUGAUUCAUCACUCGUCAGCUAGCCAAUGAUAGAGAGUACCACACGGCGACUCCUGCAGUUUGCUUGGAGCAACUAUUUUAACUCCCCGGCGAUCAAAUUGCAUAAGCACCUAAUUGAAGGAGCUCUGAAAGCCGUCCAUUCGCGUUCUGGCGGACUACCCGAGAGCGCCGCGCCUUGUCCCGCGAUGUUUUAACACUGAGGAUCUAUUUUAACACCACAAAGAUCAAAAUGCAUGAGUACUGAGUGCACUUUGAGCUGACCUCCUGCUUUGCGGUUAAUCGGUACGAAAUUUACCAACGAGAGAGAAAAAACGGCGGAAACAAAUGAUACUUUUUUUCUUUCUCUUCCCGACAAAACUUUAGAAAUAAUCAGCUAAGUGAUUAUUCAACCAAACGAAACAUUUUGGGGAAAGAACUCUCAGGAUUUCCUCUCCCAUCAUCCUAUAUAAAAAAAAAAUUGGGAGAUGGGUCUAUGCCGUCGAGAUUUUUCAUUGCGCUGGUCGUUUUUUGCCCUUUCAUUUUCUGUUUUAAGGGCCCUGCAUGUAAGUAUUUGAAAUGUAAGGAAAAAUAGGCUAUUUUUUAUGUAAAAAGAUAUGAGUCUCAUAAUCUUAAUUUCAAUCCAUCAACAUUGUAAUUAGAUCUUUGUAAAUACUGUAUCUAUAAAAAUGUCAUAACGCGCAUCAUACGCGUAAAUAAAUGUUUGUAAUAUAUGAAAUGACGAUUAUAA